AUGGCUGAACUCUUGCAACGCUUUAGUGGGAAUCCAUUCUCCACGCCAGUUGGCCAGAAGAUCGAGCAAGCUACCGAUCCAAUGCUGAAUAGCGAAAACUGGGCUCUCAACAUGGAAAUCUGUGAUCUGAUCAAUGAGACGGAUGACGGUGCUCGUGAUGCUGUUCGUGCCAUAAAGAAGCGUCUUCAGCAGUCUGCCAACAAGAACUUUGCAGUCUUCAUGUUCACUUUGACUGUGCUGGAAACUUGUGUGAAGAACUGCGGCAGGCGCUUUCACAUGCUGGUGACCAAUAAGGACUUUGUCCAGGAGAUGGUCAAACUGAUUGGCCCGAAAAACGACCCGCCACCCGAAGUUCAAGAGAAGGUUCUCAGUCUCAUUCAAAGCUGGGCUGAAGCAUUUCACGGGCAAACUGACCUGCAGGGAGUGUCAGCAGUGUACAACGAACUUCGAAGCAAAGGCGUUGAGUUUCCCAAGUCAACCGUUGAGCCGAAGGUGCCCAUUCACACACCUCAGAGAAGCAUUUCAGCGCCGCCACCGCAACGACAAACAGCCAUGCCCGCAAGUGCGGUCACUGCCCCGCCGCCAUCCACUGGGGCCAGUGAGAUAUACCCCAUUCACCUCAGCCCUGAACAGCUGAACAAGCUGAAGAACGAACUGGAGGUGGUCCAGGGCAACAUGAAGGUGCUCAGUGAGAUGCUGACGGAGAUGAAGCCCGGCGAAGAGCACCGGGACGACUGGGAGCUUCUGCUGGAGCUGUACGGCACGUGCCAGUCAAUGCAGAAGCGAAUUGUCGAGCUCAUUGAGAAGGUGGCCAAUGAGGAGGUGACCAAUGAGCUGCUGAGAAUCAACGACGAACUGAAUAACCUCUUUAUGCGAUUCGAGAGGUACCAGAAGAAGAGAGCCAGUGUGGCCGGCAGUAGUGCCGCUCAUCUGCAGGACAUCACCAUGAUUGCCUCCACCUCGACGUCCAAUGUGCCACCGGUGGCAGGCACUUCAUCGUCGAUGAAUCUUCGCGGCACUGCCGUGCCCGCUGGUGCUCCGAUUCCCUCCCUGAUUGACUUCACCGACGAUGAGCCUGACGCACUUGUUGGUGAGGUGAAAAGCCUUCAGAUAGCUUCUCAGCCGGCCACACAAACAGCUGCUCACGGUGGUGACCACGAAUUUGACAUGUUCGCUCAGUUGCGAUCUAACCCAGGUAGUUCGACAGCAGUCCCCUCAACUUCAGCUGCAUCCGACCUGUUGUCACUAGAUCCGGUGGCGACCGUUGCUCCCACACAGAAGAAUGGACCAAACGAGGACGUGAAGGAAGUGAAUGAGAUCGAGCAAUGGCUGGGCGAAAGAGAGCAGUCCAAUACGCCGAGCAUGCAGUUUGAGCAGUUCUUGGCGAGAAGAGCCGAUGCUCUGGACCAGCAGCCGGCAAAGAAGAGCACUUCAUACAACAACCACGAUUCAAGUCUCAUUUAA